AGCGCAGAAAAAUUGAACUUGGUAAUUCUAACAAUGUCAAGAUAGUAUUUGAACAUAGAUUAAUCAGUAAAUAAUCUUCCUAGUUCUAUUUUUGUUAAAAAAAAAUUGAAAUUAUAUUAACCCUUAAGCUUAAUCUGAAUAGUAGUUCACAUAUAAAAUGACUGUUGAAUCAGAGAGAGCAUGUUGCUUCAAAACCGAAAAUAAGUUCAUUGUUAAAAGUGGAUGUAAAAAGCGGAUGUGGAGAUCAUUGAAGCAAAUAUUGGCUGCAGACAGGGUUUUACCAUGGCCGGAGGAUGCGGUUCUUUAUUAUUCAAUAAAUGCCCCUCCAACAUUUAAACCAACUAAAAAGUACUCCGAUAUAUCUGGAUUACCAGCACCUUAUAUGGAUCGUCACUCAAAACUUUACUAUAGUAAUGCUGAAGAGUUUGCAACUGUUAGAAACCUUCCAAUGGAUAUAACAGCAGGAUAUUUACAAUUAAGAGGAGCUACAACAAUUGUUGGAUAAAAUACAAAAGCAUAAAUGUAUUCAAAUGGCAAUGCAGACUAAAUAAUACUGAGGGCUUUUGAAUAUAACAACUUUUUAUUUAUCUAAAUUAAAAUUAAUAACAAAUAAACCAUU